GCUGCAUUACAGUAAAAGUUUCAGAUAGACAGAAGCGGCUCUAAUUUUGGAAUCGCGAUAUUUAAUAGCUCAACUGUACAGCUAAUGGUUAGUUUACUAGGCUUGUCUAAAAUACAACCUGACUAGAAACGCGCAUGUAUUGUUUAAAAUGCUAUGCACGAAGGCAACCCCUAUGUUUUAAAACAAAGCCAUUAUCUUAACUGUGGGAGGUUAAGACGCGUGUGUUGUGUUGAGUUGUUGCCUAACAACCUGAGCUCGUGCCAGCGACUGCAGUCCUCAUCUUCUCCUUCAUCUCCUCAAUCAGUCUUCGUUUUCAUGUCCAGAGAGCAGGAUAUACAGUUCCCAAGCCUUGUGUUAUUGAUAACAACUUCAUCGAUUAAAGAAAUCACACAAAAUCUUAUUCUUUCCUGUCCAGGGCUUUUCUGGUUUGAGAGAAUAUGAAUGGCAACAUCAGCAACUUUAUGGAGGAAAGAAAAGCAACGGCAGAAGAAGCACCUUACAUGGAAAUGAAGACAAGCUUUAAUAAGAAAAACCCAGAAAAGGAAAACAUCAGACCUGCAAACAAAACACAUCCUUCUCAGGGCAAACAGAUCACAGAAGAGAAUCUUGGUCUCAGUUUACCUUUGGGAGAAGAGUAUGAAAGAAAGAAGCAGAAGCUAAAACAAGAAUUACGUCUGGAUUACCGGCGUUUUAUGUCUGAGAAAAAAUAUCCGAGUAUUGCUGAAUCACCUUCACAUUCUCGGAUGCUGUCUCUUCCCAUAAGAGAACACAAAUCGGCAAAGGAAAAGUUACAAAAUGAAAGAAAGAAAGAAUACAAUCUGUUUCUCAGAGGGAAAAAUGAAACCCAGAAAACGGGAAAACAUUCAACUACUCCACAGGCCCUAGAGAGAGAUUGUUUUGGGUCUGUCACACCUAAAUAUACAGUUUCUCCAGAGGUACAAGCACAGAGGGAAGGCCUGAGCCCAGAGAUUGUUACAUCUUUAAAAAAGGAUGCAGCAACUAUAACUGAGUCUGCUUCUGGAGUGCAUCAGAGAUCAAGGCCACGGAGACGCUGGUUAGAAACGGUAGAUCGCUUGGGACAUCACAGCAGUUCAGAGGAGGAGCAGGUGGAGGUAGAGCUGAGAAAUAUACAGGAAGACACAGGUGUAGCCAGGAGAGAUGGAAAACCUCAUAAUGGAUCACACAGCCGACAGGCACUGAGUCCAGCCCACAGCAGAUCUGUCAAUGAGCAGAACAUGACCGAGUUUGCUACAGGACUCAUGAUUGGUGCUGCUGAAGGGGACGAGGCCUCUCGAAAGCGAAAGGAGCGUUAUAGAGAGGAGCUUUUGCAGCAAAUAGCUGAACAACGAAAUAAUAAAAGGAAAGAGAAGGAGCUAGAGUUAAGAGUGGCUGUGACGGGUGCUUUUGAUCCAGAAAAGCAGCCAGGCCGAAUCAAACAAUUUGGUGCCGUGACCCGGGAGUAUGAUGGCAAAAGAAGGGAUGUGCCCUACAGGCCAGGGGUGGGUCUAGAUGUCUUAAUGGCUGACUCUGCCAGGCAGCCCAAAGAUCAGAGACCUUCACAAGCACCAGAGGAGAGAAUACCCCCCGAGAGGCCUCGUGUUGCUUUUCAGUCCCCAUAUCUGGACAACAGCACUGUUUUAAGCCGGCUGGCUAAUGCCCCGGGCCCUGGUUUGGAAGCUGGAAGAGGUCUGGUAAAUGGUAUUGCACCCGUCACCGAAGACUAUCACAGAAGCCUCUCAAACACUAUGGGGGAAAUGGUUGCUGCUCCAAGAGUUACAGGUGUGCGGCAUCCUAUGGUUCCCUCCCUUUCAGAAACUUCUCAAACUCCUUAUGAUAGUGCAUACUACCUCUAUGGAGCUAGAAAUCCAGUAGAUCCCAAUUUGGCUAACUAUGUAGCAGCAAGUCAACAAUCAAACAUCUCUCCAGGAGCACAUUGGCCUGUUCUGCAGCCUCCCUCUCUUAUACAACAGAGCGGCCAGGCUGAUGUAAAUCUUUCAGGACCAGGGUUUCAUUCGUCUGAAAGACUGCAGCUACAUAAGGAAAGUGCUCUUAGCUACCAGGAAGCCCUUAAGCAGCAGGACCUUUCACAGGAGUUUGACAGGCAGGGAUCAGAAUGGAAUCCACUGUUUCCCAAGAUUCAAGAACGGCAAUUGAGACGAUACCGUGAGAAGGUGGAUAAAGAGCUGUUUGACGCGAAGAUUGAGGCUGAGAUGAAGGCCUACGAGCCCUGGGGAAGAGCUGGAGGAGGAGCACCUCUGAGAGACGAUCAUGGAAACCUCAUAAGUGAUUUAAAGCAAAUGCAUAAGACAAAUGUGGAAGCUUAUGAUUCUGGAGGCAGAGUGAACCGUAAUCAUGCGACUCCUAGGACAGAGCCUGCAGGUUUCUCAUCAGUUCAGCCAUCACUGCACACCCGGGGCAAGCUUUUCAAUGAACCGCCAACUCCACAGCAAAUUCAUGAGCAGGAAAUAUACAAGGACUUUUUAAAACAACAAAUCGAGGAAAAAAGGAGAAAGGAGGCAGAAGAGAGGGAACGGUGCAGACUUGAGGAAGAAAAGGAAGAGAGACGACUGGCCGAACAGCGAGCACGGAUCCAGAGGGAGUUUGAGGAAGAGCAAGAGAAGAAACGGAAGAAGGAGAAAGAGCAAAUUGCCAAAAACGAGGAGUUGAUCAGACAGGCCGAAGAGCGCCGGGUAGACGAAGAAAGAAAGAGAAAGGAAGCAGAAGAAAGAGAAAAUGAAGCUCUGAGGAAGAGAAUCGAACAAGAGCAGCGGACGGUGAUAGAAGAGGUUCAAAGGGCAUCGUCACCACCCCUGCCAGCCCUACAGAAGAAACUUCGCCAGCAGGUGCCCAGACCUCCAUCAGUGCAGAGUUACCGGUCUGCUGAAUCUCUAUCUCAGUUGCGGUCAAUGUCAGCGCCACAUUCACCUCCAGUGCCCGCUCGCAGGAACGAGAUCAGGGCAAAAGAAGAUAAGCAGACCGUGAUCAGGAAGUUGUCUGCCUUGCGCAAGCAGCUCCGCAGUGAACAGAAACGUCUGGAGGGUCAGCUAAUACAGUCCAACAGAAAUGACAACACCUCUGCACGUCCCAGCAGACAAAGAGAGCGCCCCCCUGAGGAUGUUUUCGAGAUGGGAAGACUACGCAAACAGGUGCCUAUCAGACGACCAGCUUCCCACACCACUGCAAAUGUCAACACGCAGAACCUACAGGAGUUUAACCGCCUGAAGUACAGAGACAGUAAAUCGCGAGAAGAGGUACGGCAGACGUAUCCUGAACCUCCAGGUGAUGGUCACAGUCUAGACAUCCAACAGCAGGCUCUUCUGCGACAACAGCAACGAACAAUCAACAACCUAAGAGCAAGGGAUGCUGGUUACUUUGACCUGGUGUCUUUAGGCCAACAGCAUCCUGAGGCGAGCUCUGCAGAGGAUUCACGCAGACACUUGCUGUUAGAAUCAGAGAGUGCCUUUAUCGAUCCCAGCGGUCAUUCUUUCCUUUCACAGCCUCGGCAUAACCAGAGAGCAGCGAGACCGGCAAUCAGGAAGAUGGACAUCUCUGACGAUAUGAGGCGGUACAUUCGACCUGACAGUGGACCUGACAGCCAGUCUGUUCACUCGCUGACCAGCACUGAAAUAGAGAGGGUGAGGGAACGCGUGAAGAACAAGAUGACAUCGUUGAAUAACAUGAAAGAAACUGAGAGUCUACAUGACUGGAGAUCAGGUGAUGCUUCAGGUGAUGAAGGGGAGGAGCUUUGGCCACAGACUCCGCCUCCAGACCACAGGCGGGUUUCCAUUGACACAAUUGCCACAGAGUCCUGGUUACGGCCCAGCUCCUCAGAUACAGUAAAGAGAUUUAUAGGAGGUCGCAGGCCAUCCAGCCGAAACCACAUGAGUCAGGAUUGGGAAGGGCCGUCUACCUACCAUGGCUAAUCUUUGUAUACAGACACUAGCAUUCUCACUACUAUUUAUUCCUUAAGGCCAAAGAUCAACAUUAUUAUUUGA